AUGGCAACGCCCACACCCGUGCCCAAGGACGAAAAGACGCCGUCAAAGAACCACAGUGCCUUUUCACCCGCCCCGCGCAGUGUUCCUCCCAUGAUGUCGUACGACUCGCCCGCAGUGCUUAAUAUGCUCAACGACGUUACGAGCUCAGGCAUGGGCGGAGUUGGCAUGGGCAUCAGCAUGAGCGGACUGGGCAUGUCCAGCUUGGGCAUAACGACAAGCGCCAUGGGUCGCGCAGACGAGGCAGAGAGGACGCGCCGACUAAGAGAGAUUAUUGAUAUAAUCGGAAAGAAGCCGGGUCGGGUCAGUGAAGAGGGCCUGCUUGCGCUCUGCAAGCGACUAGGCAUACCGUACGAAAAGCACAUGGACGAGGCAGGCACCUGGAGUCUGUUGAUUGGAGAUGAGGCCUUGUGCGACAUCACGUUCAAGGACGACGAGAUUGCAAGCGUAAACCUACAGACGGGCUUGGACGACUCAAGGCCAGAUCUCAACUUUGGCGCAUCGGGCUCGGAGAUCCUGGUACGAAGCCUAAGGCCUCUUCCGGGACAGAGCAAGCUCAACAUUACCCUCGAGCGCUUUUCCGAAAGCCUGGAGAAACUUCUGACGCUUGAUAAGUUGGGUUCACCGCAGAAUGGAGGGGUUAGUUGCUAUAAUGCCAUUGCUGGUGUCUACACAAGUCUCAGGAAGCUCUUCGAGCAUGAAAAGAGUGUGGAGCUUGCCAACCGCGCGCCCGACGAGCGCUUUAGAACAUACAAGGCGGAGAGGGAGGUCUUGUGCAAGAAGAGUGGACGGCCGCGGCUCAAUGGUGGUUCUUGUCUGGGACUAAGUUUGGAAUAUUGGAUGGACAGGCGCAAGGUCAUUUCCAAAUCGACGCAAGAAUUAUCGGACAAGGGCAAGGAGAAGAUGGGUACUGACUCGAAAGCGUCGAGCUCGUAUCCAGAAGAUGUCGUCGGAAGUGAUAAUCACUUAUACUCGCUCACGAUUGAAUGCGAAUCAUCGCCCUCGACCCUCUACACACCCAUUCGCAUCUCCAACGACUGGAUUAGCGACCAAAUCGAAAAAGCGACGGACCACAACGACGCCACUACCUUGGACAGCAUGCUCCUUAACACGUCGUCUAUAAACUGGCUUGAUCCGAAGCCAACAUACCUCGAAGCCCCCGAACAAUCAGACGAUGCCAUGAAUCUCGACUCUGCGGCAGGAAGGCUACCAAAUAUACGCUUCGUCGCCAAAUUCAACCCGCCGCUCGUCGUUCCCCUCGCCAUAUACAUGCAACUCCACCAGCUCGUCGGCAUUGAGCCACGUACUGACGAGUUCCGGCCGACAACGUUUGUGGGUCUGGCGCUGCGGCCUGGGACAGUAGACCCGGGCAUGUCUAGCACAACGGGCGAGAGCACACAUGUCAUAACGAGCUCACGGCUUGUAGGAGUCGUCGACUCGGCAGGCAAGUACGCCGAAAAGUGGCACAAGACAAGCCUCUACGUGCCCAAGCUAGAAUACAGCCGCACUCUAGAAAGCCUACCCUUCAGCCACCCAAAACAGCUUGUAGAAAUCCUGCCCAUACUACGACAAUAUGCACACGCCACAACCCUCCUCCGCGACAGCUUCUACGAACCCCCAGCAAAACCCACACCAACGCACAAACUAGGCCAAAACCUCACACCGCCCGUUACCCCCAAACGCCCGUCUGACAAUGACGAUGAGCCCCCGCUUCCAGUCGACAUAACACUCAGCUACGCGCCUCCAACCCCGCGCAUCACCAUUCACGUCCCCCACCCCUCCACACCUACUUCCAAUCCCAAAUCAACCACAGACGCCGUAUCCCACCUCCUUUCCAACCUCCUCUCCUCCCCCGAUGACACAACCACCUACCGCGACCCCCUCACCGUAACCCUCGACCUUCACGCCAACGGCGACCUCGUCGUCGUAGACCAGAACCUGUACAAAGCCCCUGUCUCGGCGUCGUCGUUCCAUCAGAAUCAGAACGGAGACGUUGACAUGGAUACACAGAUGGCAGAGGCAGAAGCUUUUGAUGCGAGGCUUAAGAAGCUAGGACGCGUCAUGGAUGCCGUGGGGCAUUUGGGUGCGUUUGCAGAGUGGGUCAGGAGAGCAGUAGUGGGUGUGGAGACUUAG